AUGCCAAGGAAUCCAACGCCGUACGGCUCCGUGCACCGCGGCUCGUGGACCAAGGGCGCGGCAGCAGCACCAAGGUGGACGUCUGAAGAGCUCAAGCUCUACGGCGCGUGCCACGUGAGCUCGCCCGCCUUCUUCAUGUGCGACGACGCCACGCACGGCAGCUUCAGCGACUUCCUGGAGGAAGACGCGGGGCGCGCAGCGCUGGGGCUCGGCUACCUGCACGCGGAGAAGGUGGUGCACGGCGACCUCAAGUGCACCAACCUCCUCGUGGGCAACGACUACAAGGCCAUGCGACUUUGGCUUCUCGCGCCCGAGUGUCUGGUGCCGCCCAAUGAGGAGGCCAACCCGCAGUUCAACCCGCGCUUCGCCUCGGACGUCUACUCGCUCGGCAUGUGCAUCGUGGAGGCUUUCCAGGGCGAGGCGCCGUACGGACUCCUGGACGACGACGAGAUCAUGACGAGGCUGUUUGAACUCGAGCCGUACCCGCGUCCAGGCAACAUGCAGGACGACGAGUGGGCGCUGGUGGAGCGCAUGGUGCAGCCGGACUGGAGGAAGCGUCUCUCGCUGCAGGACGCGAUUGACGGGCUCAAGACCGCUUUCGCCGGCACUGCGGCUAUCGCCUGGACGCAGAUCCAGCAUUCGCGUGAGAAUAUGCUGCAAGAAGCAGCUUGCACGAGACACAGCGCAUCAAGACCGAAGCUAUUGAUCGUGAUUCAUGUUGACACGGCUGACGUGGCCAACAAGGGGUUCAUACGGAGACUCACGAGCAAUCGCAAGGUCGUGGAGGGGAUCCUGGAGUUCCUCUUGCGCAUGGACGAUCUCUUCAAGCUACUAAACUUGACCCACGUCGCGGAGAUGUCCAAGUGGAAGCACGCGAUGAAGGAGGAGAUCCACAGAACGGGGAACAAGAUCAAAGAGGGAAUUGCUCAGCUUGUGGUGGUGCUGCGGUGCACUCAUGGUGAAGCUGGACCCGAAGUGGGGCUGCUGGCCAAGACUUUCAACAACGACGAUGUGGAUUUUGAUCUUCAAGAAUGCUUCGACUUGGGCUCCUACGGCUCCGUCCACCACGGCACAUGGGGGAAGGGGACGAACGUGGUGAUCAAGUGCCUCUUAGCGGAGGACCAGGACGAGAAGGCGAGCGACUCGUUCUACACGGAGGCUGCGCUUGGGCUGUUCUACCUCCACUCGCAAAAGGUAGUGCACGGCGACCUCAAGUGCAGCAACAUCGUGAUUGGAGCCGACAGGAGAGCCAAGCUGUGCGACUUCGGCUUUUCGAUCAUCAGGGCUCAGUCGGCGCCUGAGUGUUUAUUACCAGUGGAUGAAAGUCCGAACUCGGUGUUCAAUCCACGGUUCGCACAUGACGUGAACUCGUUCGGCAUGUGCAUCGUUGAGGCUUUCCUGGGACAUCCGCCGUACGAAUUGGAAGCCGAAACGGUGAUGGAGAGGAAAUUGAAUAAUGAGGUGUACCCCCGCGUGGUCGGCAUGUCCGAUAAGGAGUGGACUUUCGUGGAGCGGCUCCUCGAUCCAGACUGGGAGACGCGCAUGUCCCUAGCGGAUGCGAUCGACACGCUGAUGAUGUUUGCGGACUGA